GAAAAAGGUUUGGCAUACAGUGUUGGAGUCUUUUCAGGGCAUUGCUUUAAUGUCCAGGUUGUUUGAUAUAACUCCUCUAUCCGGUAUAUCUUCUCCCGGUAGUCUUCUCCAUCGCGGUGGAUCGAUUCCACCUUGUCCUGUGUCUUCAAGAGAAAUUAUACUACUAGCGAAAGUGCAGCAAUCGCAGCGCUGCCAUCAGCAAACAAGGUACGUGGUGAUGGAGCGGUGCUCUACCGAAACCAAUAACAAGGAAGAUAAAAGAUAA